UACCGCAGACCUCGGUCACCGUUACCGCAGCAUCCGUCUAAACUGCCUUCAAAUCCAGCCGUACAGAGCACUUUUCAUCACUUCCUUCACCUAAUACACAUUCUCAAACCUUGACAUUCUCCUCCAGUAUAUCAGUGGUUGUCUGCGGGGACCGAGCGGGAUAAAACCCUGUAACCGCGACUAACAGCUUCGCUAAUUCUCAGCAGCGGGUUUCUGCGCCAAGAAAUGAUGUGGACACCGAACCGCUGGUGAAAGUGCUCAAUAGUUUGGCUGCACAAGGAUUCACUGGUCAUGCUGUGCUUUGGAGGGACAAGAAGAGACGCUAAAUAAUAAAGGACGAGAGAGUCGAGAGAGGAGUCGUCAGACAGCAGCCGCUAUCAUGUCUCGCCAUCAAAGCCGAGCCACCAGCCUGGAGGAGAAGGGAGCCACGCCCAUCCACAAGAGCUCCACCCCCUUACACAAGAGCUCCACCCCCACUCACAAAAGCGCAUCCUCUUCCUCUUCAUCUCAGAGAGACAGUCGACAAGAGACGGACAGUUGGGAAAUCAUCGAGGGGCUAAGGAUUGGUCAAACUCAUAUCCAGAGGCCAGAGAAACAUGAAGGUUUUAUGCUGAAGAAGAGGAAAUGGCCUCUGAAGGGCUGGCACAAGCGAUUUUUCAUUUUAGAUAACGGGAUCCUGAAGUACUCCAAAUCUCCUGUAGAUAUUCAGAAAGGAAAGCUUCAUGGCAGUAUAGAUGUGGGUCUGUCUGUGAUGUCCAUCAAGAAAAGAGCUCGCCGCAUAGAUCUGGACACAGAAGAGCACAUUUACCAUCUCAAGGUGAAGUCUCCAGAUGUUUUUGACAUCUGGGUGUGCAAGCUGCGUCACCAUCGUUUGUUCCGUCAGAACGAGAUUGUUCGCUCUCCUCGUGAUGCUACGUUACGGACCUUCCCUCCGUCUGCCAGCGCAGAGUCACCCCAGAACACCCCUUCCAGCGCACACCAAAACAAGCAGGGUAAACCCAGUAGUCUGCCCUGGCAGCUGCCGCCAUCCUGUAGUAAUGGACAGAGUAAAGUGGCAGCCUGGUUACAGGAGUCAGAGGAGAUGGACAAGUGUAGUAACUGUGUAGAUUUGACAAAGAAAGAAAAGCGAGUCAGCAGAAGAUGGAGGACUAAAAGUGUCAGCAAAGAUGCAAAAUUGCAACAGCAGGUCCAGUCACUUCCCCAGUCACACAGUGCUAAAGUUCCCCUGAGUGCAAGUAUGUCUCAAGUGCGUCUCCACUCCUCUAAUCCUAACCUAUAUGCGGAGUUGGCUGAUUUUCAAACCCCGAUCCCACGUCUGACUGACAGUAUCGACAGCGCCGGUGACUACAUCAAACUGCAGGAAGAUUUCUGCAUAGUUGCGCAAAAAGUGCACUCUCUUCUGAAGUCUGCCUUCAACACUGUGGCCAUAGAGAAGGAGAAGAUUAAACAGGUGUUGUUGGAACAGGAGCAGACCGGCCAAUCAAAUCAGAUUAUAACUCUCCGUCGCUCCCUAUCACAGGCCUUGUCCCAGAAUGUUGAGCUCAAGACCCGUCUGAACCGGAUCCACUCUGAGUCGGUUCUGUCUGACCAGGUCGUCAGUGUGAACAUCAUCAGCAGUCCUGACGAGGCUGGCGAUCCGCUCCACGUGGGCAUCCCUCUCUCUCAGCAGGUGUCCAAUGAGACUCAAGCCUCUGAUGACGAGUCUUACGUCAGUGAUGUGAGUGAUAACAUUUCAGAGGACAACGCCAGCGUCACAGAUAACGUUUCCAGACAGAUGCCUAAUGGUGAUCUGGCCAGUGGUGCGUUUCGUAACGGUAGACGUACAUGUCUCCCUGCUCCCGCCCCUGACACUUCCAACAUUAACCUGUGGAACAUCCUGAAGAACAACAUCGGGAAAGACCUGUCGAAAGUGUCCAUGCCAGUGGAGCUGAACGAGCCCCUGAACACACUGCAGCACAUGUGUGAGGAGCUGGAGUACACAGAGCUGCUGGAUAAAGCAGCUCAAACCGAUGACCCCUAUGAACGCAUGGCAAUCGUUGCAGCGUUUGCAGUUUCAGGAUAUUCCUCCACCUAUUAUAGAGCAGGCAGUAAACCCUUUAACCCCCUUCUGGGGGAAACGUAUGAAUGUAUCCGUGAAGACAAAGGAUUCUGCUUUUUUUCUGAACAGGUGAGCCAUCAUCCGCCCAUCUCCGCUUGUCACUGUGAGUCACAGAACUUCACCUUCUGGCAAGACGUCAGAUGGAAGAAUAAGUUUUGGGGAAAGUCUAUGGAGAUUCUUCCCAUCGGAACAGUGAAUGUCAUGCUGCCCAGUUAUGGUGAUCACUAUGAGUGGAACAAGGUGACGACGUGCAUCCACAACAUUCUGACCGGGAGGCGAUGGAUAGAAAAUUACGGCGAGGUCACGAUCAGAAACACCCGCAACACUACCUGCAUCUGCAAACUCACCUUUGUUAAGGGAAACUACUGGAGCUCGAAUGUGAAUGAGGUGCAAGGAUCUGUGAUGGACCAGGAGGGAAAAGUCAUUCACAGACUGUUUGGGAAAUGGCAUGAGGGUCUGUACUGUGGAGUCCCACCUUCAGCCAAAUGCAUCUGGAGACCAGGGUCUAUGCCUACAGAUUAUGAGCUGUACUACGGCUUCAGCAGGUUUGCUAUAGAGCUCAAUGAGCUCUGCCCUGAGCUGAAGGAGCUGCUGCCACCAACAGAUGCUCGAUUCAGGCCGGACCAGAGGUAUCUGGAGGAAGGAAAUGUCCAGAUGGCAUCAGCUGAGAAACAAAGAAUCGAAGAGCAGCAGAGAAACAGGAGGAAGUGGCUGGAGGAGAACAACAUCAAACACCAGCCGCGAUUCUUUAAGAAGGUUAUGGACAGUAACCAGAGGGAGAGAUGGGUGUCUAACAACACGUACUGGGAACUGCGCAAGGACCCUGGCUUCCUCAAACUAGAAAACCCUGAGCUGUGGUAGAUCCAGAUACCUGUGCUGAUGACGCCUUCACUGCUGACUGCAGAUGCUUACUAUGCAGAACAGGAGCAGCCUGGGACUUCCCUCUAGAUUUGGAUUUUAUCUCCAGAAACGGACUGAGAAAAAACAACAACAAACACUCUCUCCUCAUCACUUCGGCAGGCUCCGCCUCCAUAGUCUCCCUCUCCAUAGUAACAGAGAGACAGUGCUGUUGUCAGGGCAAAAGUGAGAGCUGUAGAGCUGUCCACAUGAAGCCGGUCGUGCUUCCUGUUAAGUCCUUGCCUUAAGAAGUCGCUUCUCAACAACAACGGUUUACGCUUUUAGUGAAAUUCCCUCAACUUCUUGGUUUAGAUGGACUGAAUUUGCUCUUAAUUACAUUCUGCAUGUGUAGAUGGCAGCUUUCAUCGGCAAUGUGCUACACAAACUCAUCAAAACUACAUUUAGAUAAUUUUAGUGGUAUUUUUGUAAACGACCAAAAGAAGGGAAUUGCUUUGGCAGUUAAAGCUGUGCCGUGACUCAAUCUGUCCCUCCUCAUAUUUGACGGCAGCCAUCAGAGGGGCGGCUCAGUGUGCUGAACAUGUGACGGUUUUAUAAUUGUGCGCUUCACCUUUCAAACCCUGAAAGAGAGUUCCUGGACCCAACCUGCAACACUGUGCAGCAAGACCACAAAAGACACCCCAGGACUCAGACUCCUGAAUCUCUGUAGCUGCAACUGUACAUUAGUGCUCUUAAUUUAAAGCAGAAGUGUGACAUUUAUGCUCCUCUAAUUGCACCAAAUCAAAUUCAAGAAAUUAUUUUUUCCAAGCAGGUUCUACAAGCACUCGCCACCUUCAGAAAAACUAGUCAGUGCCCUGCUAAACAGAUUAUUACAGCUAGUUUUUGCCCUGAAGUCAUGCCAUUGGUUGAGCCAGAAGUCAGACACACACUGCAUUUAAAGGGAUAGUU